AUGGCAAAAAUUAAACCACUGCCGUUGGAAUUACAAAGAAUUGCCUGCGAGCAGUUAGGUGAGGUGCCUCAAAGAAUACCUGAGGACCUGCAAAAAUUGAAAGAAUGGAUACGAAUGCAGCCGCACUUGAAGUCACGCACCGAUGAUCAAUUUCUGGUGCAAUUCCUUAGGGGUACAAAAUAUAGUCUUGAAAAAGCCAAAGAGAAAUUGGAACAAUUCUAUGCCUUAAAAUCCAAAUAUGCAGAUAUGCUGUCGAAUGUUGAUGUAGAAUCAACGCUUUUCAUGGAUUAUGUUCAAGAGAAAUUAUUCAGUCCCUUGUCAAUUCCCUUGCAUGGCAAUGGUUCUCGAAUCAUUUAUGUUCAACUCCCCGAUGAUCCUAAUUCUUUUACCAUCAAUCAAUUGCUACAAAUGGCCACCACCUUUUGUGAAAUUCUGCUGUUAAAUGAUCCUUAUGCCUGCAUCAAUGGCAUCAUAUUGGUCUAUGACUAUUCCAAGUUUCGUGCCGAUCAUUUGUCGCUUUUCACUCCCAGUGCGGUAAGGAAUAUAUUUUUAUAUUUGGAAAAAGCUUUGCCGAUGCGUUUUAAGGGUGUAUAUGCCAUCCAUAUAUCACCCUAUGUGGAAAAGUUCAUAAAGUUGUUGCUACCCUAUGUGCCAGAGAAAGUAAAAGAUCGGGUGCAUAUCUGCUGCAAUAUCGAUGAUAUCAAAGUUACGAUUCCCAAACAGUAUUUGCCUAGGGAUAUUGGCGGAGACAAUGGUUCAUUGGAAGAUGUUUGCAUUGCUAAUAUAAGACUAUGGGAGGAAUAUCGGGAGUAUUUUAGGGAUAGCAACGAUUAUGGCAUUGAUGAGAGUUUGCGUUUGAUAAAGAAACCAAACAUAGACUGUGACUUUGGCACUGGUGGAUCAUUCAGAACAAUUAAUGUUGAUUAG